CAUUCGCAAGUCAACAAUGGCAUCGGGAGAAAGAGAGCAAAUCUUAGCAGAUUUUCAAGCUUGUACGCAGCUUGAUGACAUAGAGACAUGCAUUGCAAUUCUUGAUCAGCAUGACUGGAAUCUUAUGCAAGCAGUACAGAGUGUUAUGAGUCAGACAGAUUCACCAACAGGGUCAGUACCUCAGCCUAUGGAGACAGCCAUGUUGGACAGACCUUUGGGGGAUGAAUACUUCAGUUCAGGUAUCCUUAGCGACCCUGUACCGUGGAGGUCAGAUGCAAACGUGAUUGAUGCAGCCACAAAUUUUGAUCCAGGGUCUGCAUCCGGGGCCAUGCCGGGGACUUCAGGCGCUGGUCUCGGCUCCCACAACAAACGAAUGUUACAUUUCAAUGUGGAAUACAGAAACAGAAAUGUGGAUGUGUUUAUAGAUGAUAGUUGUACUGUUGCACAAAUAAAGGAACAGUUAAGUGUUGACCUAGGCAUACCUAUCAGUAAACAGGAAUUGAAAGGAUGGGCAAACAGAAAGGUUACAGAUAAUGCUUUGCUUAGAGAUUUACAUUUACCAAAGGAGAAUACACUAUUUCUGUUAACACCAGAUUUCCACCAAAUAGAGCCGACGGCUACCACUUCAUCCAGUGUAAUAGACAACUUGAGUAGAAACUACAACUUGAAGAUAACAUGUAAGGAAAACAGUAAAUAUCACCAGUUCAACCUCAACUUUCCCGGGACAAAAACUGUGGAAGAGGUGAAGAGGGACACGUACAAUGUAUCAGAUAUUCCUGUAAGACACCAGAUCUGGACAGGCUGGCCAGAGGCUGCUGAAGAUUCUAAAGCUAUAGGUUGUAUAGGUCUGUCAUAUCCCAGUCAUAUGUUGGAGCUGACAAGAUCAAAUCUGAGUAGCACUAGUAGGAAAACUGUGCAGGAAGCAGUUCAUGAAAUCGAGAUAAGUGAAGAUGAAGAUGAGGAAUAUUUUCAAGACAGUCAGGUGUACGAUGAUUCAGAACUAUUUUCACAUGAUGACCAUACUGGUGGUAGAAGAAAACAAGAUCCUCUAAUGCCAGAAUCAGUGAAGGAUGAAACUGAGGCUCUUGAACACUUCACACGAGAAUUCAGAGAAAGAUAUGGUGAAACCCAUCCAGUAUUUUAUGUUGGUUCUUUAGAUAAUGCCAUCAAAGAUGCACUAGUUGUUAGUGCAAGAGAGAGGAAGUUGUUAGCAAUCUACCUACAUCAUGACAGCAGUAUUCUUGCCAAUGUGUUCUGUUCUCAGAUAUUCUGUAAUGUGGGUAUAGUCAACUAUCUCACAACUAACUUCCUCACCUGGGCCUGGGAUAUGACCCUAGAAACAAACUCUGCAAGGCUAAUCACUAUGGCAACAAGACAUUUCGGCAGUGUAGCAGCCAAUCAGAUAAGGAGUUACAAACCAGACAAUCUGCCAGUGUUGUUAAUUAUAUCAAGGUCAAGGGCAACAAAUGAAGUCGUAGAUGUCAUUAGAGGUGAUGUAACUGUUGAUGAACUGAUGUCAAAGUUGUUACAGGAUCAGGAGGUGUUUUCACAGCAACAACAGAGAGAUAUUGCAGAAGAGGCUGAAAGAGAAGCUAGAGAAAAUAUCAGAACUGAGCAAGAUGCUGCAUACCAAGAAUCAUUGGAAGCUGAUAGAAAAAAGAGAGAAGCAAGAUUGGCAGAGGAAAGAAAACAACAGGAGAUAGAAAGAAGAGAACAAAUGAAAAAGGCCGAAGAGGAGAGAAAGAAAAUGGAGGAUGAAGCUAUGAAACAGGCAAUAGAAGCAUCCCUGGCCAAAGAAGUUCCAGAAGAACCACCUCAGGGUUGCACAGAGGUCACAUGUACUCUGCGUAUUCGAACUCCAGACAGACAAAUGCUGUUGCGCAAGUUUUACGGAAGCAACAAAUUACAAGCAGUUAUAAACUAUAUUACUUCCAAAGGCUUUCAUCUCACAGAUUAUAAACUGUUGCAAACUUAUCCACGAAAAGAUUUAUCAAAUGAAGAUACAAAUCAGACUUUAGAAGCCUUAAAAUUGUGUCCACAAGAAACUUUGAUUCUUGAAGAACGCACUUAGAUACAAGAUAAAAGUGCCAUAACAGAUCUGCUUUCAUUCUUGGAAUCGUGGGACGAUUUAGUGUAAAUAUACCUGUAUAUUUAUGUAGGCAACGUGGAAAAAGCCUUCGAACAUAAACCCCCUGUGGUAUAGCUAAAGCAUAACCCCUCCUCAGAAAAUUUGAAGCUCAACGUUAACUCACUGUGCUCGUGUAGUUACGUACGUGUACAUGGUCCUUGGACAAAAAAGUGAUGGAAAUGCGCUGUUCUCUUGUUACGUGUAAUAUAUUGUGAACUUGAGUUAAGGCACAGCCUUGAAAUAUUAACUUUCAGUUUUAGUUUUUAUGUAUUUAUGUCACAGAAAUAGAGCCAGUAACAUCAUUUAACUAUCAAAGAUUGAAGUUUACUAUAUAGUGCAAGUAUUUAUGAAUCUAAUGUUGUUAAAAUCAAACAGCAAAAUUAAAUCUCUGAUACACAUUGUUUAUAAAACAUUUUUUUUUUUUGUCACAGUUUAGAUAAUGAAAAUAGUGAGAAAUCACACAUAACUCUGUGCAAUUGUGUCUAAUUUCCAUUUAAAAAAUAUAUAUUUUAGGACAAAUAAUAGAAAUGACAUCUCAAUUCUGAAAGCUUUUAUUUUUUUUCAUAGAAAUUGAUGUUCGGUUUUUCUAUGAUUUUUUCCAAAUCUCUGGACUAAGAAUAUACUGUAAAAUCAUUUGAUUUCGUGGGCAUGAAGUUAGUCCCCCACGAACAUUUAAUGAUUUCACAGUAUGUUGGGAAAACACUAUAUUAUGUCAUACAGGAAGAUUUUUUAGUUACAAAUAUCUGAAAUCUUACUUUGAGGAAAAAUGUCUGUGUAUUGGUGAAGUUAUAACUUCAGUGAAUUAUACAUUUGUGAAAAAAAAUCAUGUUUAUAACUCUGAAAAUAAAAAAUAGACAAAGUUUACUGUUCCUAGAAUCACUGUUGAAAUCUUGUAGAAUUCCUUCAUAUCAGGAAGCUAUCCAGCUGGCUUACAAGAAGUUGUUUGUUCUAAUAGGUACUAGUAUGUGAUGAAAUAUUGCAGGGAGGUGCACCUGGGGUAUUUGGCCACCAUGAAAAGCUGGAAAGUCUCCAUAUGAUCUAUAAUUGAGUCAAUGCAACAUUAAAUCUUGUGAAACUUUUUCCAUUGAUGUACAGUAAGUGAAUAUGGACAAUAGAAAAAGACAGUAACAGGCAUAUUGUUUUACAAAAUGAUAAACUUUCUUGCUUUAUAAUACUAGUAAAUAUGUAAUGGGUAUAUCACAUUUUAAUACAAUUUUUGUUGGUUUCCCAUUUCUUAUUUGUUUCCAAGUAUCAGUUUUAUUUUUGUUUACAUAUCGUCUAUAGUAUUUGUAUUGUUUACAAUUUUCUAAUGAAAAUAUUGAAUACUCCUUUAUCAGCGCUCUUGAGUAUUGUAAACAAAAAAAUGCAUAUUUGGUGCUCUUGAUGUAUGUUUUAUUUGUUUUAGAUUACUGUCAUAUUUAUGGGUAUAAAGUUAUUUCUUAAAAUACGU